AUUCAUGGUAAAGUGUAACCAUUUCUAGUUGUCUCAUUUAACUUAAACAUCUAAUAUAUACCAUAUUUAUCUUCACUCCCAUCAGUGAUUAUAAAGUUACUUGUACAUAAUCUAUACGCCCAUAAUAUCGAAUCGUAGAUUCAGAUCACUAAAAUUUAGUGUUUCACAAAAUAUCCUAAAAAUUGAAUUUUAGAUAAUGUCAGAAAAAACACUUAGCAAUAAAUUACUGAAUACAUGUUUCUCAUUUAAUUUACUAUUCGCUGUCAAUCACUAACCUAUUAUAUUAUCCUUGUGGUUUUAAACGGAAAUUUUAUUCACUUCGGUGAGAUCGACAAGAUCUUCAAAGCAACAUAAACUUCUUGGAGACUUCAUGAACGUUCCAGUUGAUGCACUCUUACGUUUGUCAUGGAUAAUGAUAUUAUUAUCAAAAUUCCUCUAUUCAGAAACUCAUGCAAAAGUCACUAUUGACGAUGAUACUGGUUACUUUGUUGACUCACAAGGAUUUGUUAAAUUAUUUCAUGGAAUCAACUGUGUGCAUAAAGUCGCACCAUUUUACUUUCCAAAACUACUUGACCCUCAUUCAUUCAAAGUACUUAGAGAUUGGGGAAUUAAUGCUAUACGCUUAGAAUUCAACUGGAUAGCAUUAAAACCAGAGGAAAAUAAAAUCAGUCGAGAGUACUUAGAUAUCAUUGAAACAAUUAUCGACAAUGCUGGAUCAUAUGGAGUUUAUAUUAUCAUUGAUUUUCAUCAAGAUGGAUUAUCGAAACGUCUAGGUGCAAUUGAUGCUGUGCCUAAUUGGUUUAUGGAUAAAAUAAAGCGACCACCAUAUUUAUUCCAAUACCCUUGGCCACUAACGAAAGAUCCAAGUAAAAGCAACUGGUUUCUAACGUACGCCACAUAUGAGAGUGCACAUGUAUUUGAAAGUAUAUAUAAAAAUGUUUCAGGAAUAUGGGAUUAUUUUGCAGAAUAUUGGAGGAUAACAACUAGUCGUUUCGGGAAGAAAGAUAAUGUUUUAGGUUAUAAUUUGAUAAAUGAACCACCACCUGGAAAUUUUUAUUUAAAUCCAUUCUUUCUUUUGCCUGAUAAUUCAGGUCACAAUCUCUUAUCAUUUUAUGAUUACUUGGUGAAUGUUAUUCGCCAAAAGGACAAGAAUACAUUGAUAUUUUACGAGAGUGUAACUUAUGGAAUAUAUUUUCCAUUUGUUAAUGGAAUACCUGGUACUGGUAUCCAACGUGUUCCCGGCCUAUUACAAGAUGAGAUGGCCAGAAAGAAGAGUGUAUUAUCUUAUCAUUACUACUGUUGGUUAUUGGAAUCGACACCAUCUACAGAGAAUAUGCCAUCAUGGAAACGAUAUUUGUGUGAUAAAGUGAGAGUUCGAUUAACUGGUUUAUUGUUUGUAACGCAUAUGCAUUCCAAUGUCUCGAUGCUUUAAUAUCAACAUUAACCAACUGAUAUUUUUUAGCAUAAGCUAACUGGCUUUCAUUUUAUUCGUAACUUGAUUAUCAGACUUGACUGGAAAAUUUUGAAAUCUUUUGUCACUUUUCAUAAUCUUUUCUAAAUAAAUAAAUGAUUGAAUCUAUAUU